AUGAAGGUCCCUGUAUUUGAGGAUGUAAAGGAUGAAACUGAAGAGGAAAAACCAGAGGAAGAAGAAAAUGGAGAAGACAGGGUAUUUUUUAAGCCAGUUAUUGAAGAUCUGAGCAUGGAAUUGGCCAGAAAAUGCACCGAACUCAUUAGUGAUAUCCAUUAUAAAGAAGAAUAUAAAAAGUCUAAGGACAAGUGUACAUUUGUGACCGACACUCCUAUGCUAAACCAUGUAAAACAUAUCGGUGCUUUUAUUUCUGAGACAAAAUACAAAGGCACCACGAAGGCAGACCUCUCCAAUUCUCUUUACAAGCAGAUGCCGGCCACAAUCGACAGUGUCUUCGCAAGAGAAGUUACGCAGCUUCAGAGUGAGAUCGCCUACAGGCAGAAACAUGAUGCGGCCAGAGGAUUCUCAGGUUACGCCCACAUGAAGGAACCACCUGAGAUCAGACACGCCAUGGAGGUCAACAAACACCAGAGUAACAUUUCUUAUAGAAAAGACAUGCAGGACACCCAUGUGUACAGUGCAGGGCUCGACAGACCCGAUAUCAAGAUGGCAACGCAACUCUCCAAGAUCAUAAGCAAUGCAGAAUACAAAAAGGGGCAAGGCGUGAUGAAUAAAGAGCCUGCUGUAAUUGGAAGACCAGAUUUUGAACAUGCUGUUGAAGCUUCUAAACUUUCUAGUCAAAUUAAAUACAAAGAAAAAUUUGAUAAUGAAAUGAAGGAUAAGAAACAUCAUUACAAUCCCCUUGAAAGUGUUUCUUUUAAGCAAAAUAAGUUUGCCACAGAACUGGCGAGCAAUGUGAAGUACAAGAAAGACAUUCAAAACAUGCAUGAGCCAGUUUCAGAUCUCCCAACCUUGUUUUUAGACCAUGCUUUGAAAGUCAGCAAAAUGCUCAGCGGACGAGAAUAUAGAAAACUUUUUGAAGAAAACAAAGGAAUGUAUCAUUUUGAUGCGGAUGCUGCCGAACACCUGCACCACAAAGGCAACGCCACCCUCCAGAGUCAGGUUAAAUACAAAGAAGAAUAUGAGAAAAAUAAGGGGAAAUCGAUGCUUGAAUUUGUUGACACACCAUCAUAUCAAGCUUCAAAGGAGGCUCAGAAGAUGCAGAGUGAGAGAGUUUACAGAGAGGAUUUUGAGAAAGAGAUUAAAGGAAGGUCGUCACUGGAUUUAGACAAGACUCCAGAAUUUUUACAUGUAAAAUACAUCACCAACCUUCUGAAGGAGAAGGAAUAUAGAAAAGAUUUGGAAAAUGAAAUCAAAGGGAAAGGAAUGGAGCUUAAUUCAGAAGUUCUUGAUAUUCAAAGAGCAAAACGAGCGACUGAAAUGGCUAGUGAGAAGGAAUACAAGAAAGACCUGGAGUCAGAAAUUAAAGGGAAAGGAAUGCAAGUUGGCAUUGACACCCUCGAGAUACAACAUGCCAGAAAGGCUUCUGAGAUCGCUUCUGAGAAAGACUAUAAAAAAGAUCUGGAGACUGAAAUUAAAGGGAAGGGCAUGCAGGUGAGCGCAGUCACGCUCGACAUCCAGAGGGCCAAGAAAGCUUCCGGAAUGGCCAGCCAGAUAGAAUAUAAGAAAGACUUGGAAAAGGAAAUCAAAGGAAAAGGAAUGCAAGUGAGCAUGGACAUUCCGGACAUGAUUCGAGCCAAGAGGGCGUCUGAAAUCUACAGCCAGAAAAAGUAUAAAGAUGAAGCAGAGAAGAUGCUUUGUAACUAUUCUACUGUGGCAGAUACUCCUGAAAUUCAGAGAAUUAAGACAACUCAACAAAACAUUAGUGCAGUACUUUAUAAGAAAGAAGUAGGAGCUGGCACAGCAGUUAAAGAUACUCCGGAGAUUGAACGAGUGAAGAAAAAUCAGCAGAAUAUUAGUUCAGUGAAAUACAAAGAAGAGAUAAAACAUGCAAUAGCCAUUUCUGAUCCUCCAGAGCUCAAGAGAGUUAAAGGAAACCAGAAGAACAUUCGCAAUGUCUCCAGAACAGAGCAGUGCCGCAGGGCAACCCCGGUAGGCAUGACACCGGAGAUAGAGAGAGUGAGGCGGAACCAGGAGCAGCUGAGCGCGGUGAAAUACAAAGGAGAGAUGAAACAGGCAACUGCAAUUUCUGAUCCUCCAGAGCUGAAGAGAGUCAGAGAGAACCAGAGGAAUAUCAGCAAUGUUUAUUAUAAAGGUCAGCUGGGAAGAGCUACAGCUUUAAGUGUAACCCCCGAAAUGGAAAGAGUAAAGAAGAACCAAGAAAAUAUUAGUUCGGUAAAAUAUACCCAGGACCAUAAACAGAUGAAAGGUAGACCAAGUCUUAUUUUAGAUACACCUGGUAUGAGACAUGUCAAAGAAGCACAAAAUCAUAUUUCAAUGGUAAAAUACCAUGAAGAUUUUGAGAAGACAAAGGGAAGGGGCUUCACUCCUGUGGUGGACGACCCUGUGACGGAGCGCGUGAGGAAGAACACGCAGGUCGUCAGUGAUGCCGCUUAUAAAGGUGUCCAUCCUCACAUCGUGGAGAUGGACAGGAGACCUGGAAUCAUUGUUGACCUCAAAGUUUGGCGCACAGAUCCUGGCUCCAUCUUCGACAUUGACCCCCUGGAAGACAAUAUUCAGUCUAGAAGUCUACAUAUGCUCUCUGAAAAGGCGAGUCACUAUAGGAGACAGCGGUCUCGAUCUCAUUCCAGCAGUACCUUUGGUGCAGUUCUUGGAGAUGACAAGUCAGAAAUGUCCGAGAUUUACCCUAGCUUUUCCUGCAGCAGUGAGGUAACAAGGCCGUCUGAUGAAGGAGCACCUGUUCUUCCUGGAGCCUACCAGCAAAGCCAUUCCCAAGGCUAUGGGUACAUGCACCAGACGAGCCUGUCAUCCAUGAGGUCGAUGCAGCACUCACCAAAUCUAAGGACCUACCGAGCCAUGUACGAUUACAGCGCCCAGGAUGAAGAUGAAGUCUCCUUCAGGGACGGUGACUACAUUGUCAACGUGCAGCCCAUCGAUGACGGCUGGAUGUACGGCACGGUGCAGAGAACUGGGAAGACCGGGAUGCUCCCCGCAAAUUACAUCGAGUUUGUUAAUUAAUUAUUUCUCCUUGCCCUGUGAGCUUUAUUCUAAUGUAUACUAAAUCUAAUCUUUUUAAAAGAUAGAGGAUACUUUUAAGACAACUUGGCAGUUCUUUUACAAUAAUAAUCUAUCCUUCCUUUGACAAUUAGACACACAGGUACCAGAAAGGAGGAAUGAUUUCUGGGCUGAAAACAGCAGCAUUUUCAGUAAUUCCUAUAAGUGGAAUAAUGUCUGGAGACCUGGUCUGCUAAUUGUGCUCUUGGUUUCUUUUGAUUGGCUACUGAACCCUUCUGGGAAAUGUAUUUUUGUAGACUUUGAUAGAGAUGUUGAUUGUCCCGUAAAUGUAACAAGUAUAUGAAACUUCUUAGCUGUCACUUGGGAAUCACCAGAAGCCAAUUCUCUUAAUUCAGUAACACAGCCAAUAAUUUAAAAACUGUGCAGCUUUGGAGUCAUUAGGCAAUUUCCAAUGAAAAUUUCCUGUGAAAAUUGCCUAAUGUAAGCAAUGGCCGAAUGACAGUUUGGUUACAAUUAUUUUGACUGAUGGCCUUAGGGACCUAGAAACGUCUACUGAACAAAGAAAUGUUUCCGUUUCCUUGGCCAGCUUAGGUCUGCUUCUUUCUUAUUUGUACCAAGGCAUAUCCUACUCUGCACUUACAUUCUAUGGACCCCCAGAUAUGCUUGGCUCCACAGAAUGUCAGGACCAAAUACCUUCACAGCUACUCUGCAAAGGGCAAAUUUAAGAUCAUCUAUAUUAUUUCCCUAAUAGGCUCUCCCCUGUUGCAUGCCAUGUAGGUCCAAGCUUCUGUAACAUAGGCGGCUGCACUGGCCAUCACUCUCCUAGCGCAAGAGUGUGGCUGACGGGAAAAGUCUCUUUCUAGCCACCACUCGUCAGAAAAACAUAGUUCGAAAAGUUGCUUGAGAUUCUCCUGCUGCAUUGCGCUCUAGUUUCGAAGGAUGUAUGCUUUAGGAAAUAGAUGUAUACUCUAGUAAAUAAGUGAUUUAGGUGUUUAUUGAACAGCUUUCAGUAACUUAAUGCCGCUGUUUAUUUCAAAGUUAAGAAAACUGAACAGGAGCCAGUGACAAAGUGGGAUAUGAAAUGUGCUGGAGAAAACCAGCCAAGGAAAGUUACCGACGGACUCCACAGAGAGAGAGAAUCUGGUUUCUUGUUUUGGAAAUGGUAUUCAGAUCCUGGAAUGGAAAUCUAGCCAUUGAAACAGGUAGAUGAAAAAACUUCCUUUUCACUCUCUGCUUUUUAUUUUUUAAAGCACAUUCAGGGGGUGAGAUAGGAAGGUCAUCAGAAAUUUUAGGCACAGGCCCCACAGGUUGUUCACCAAAAAUGAAAUUGGUAUUAGAUUUUGAUUUCCAAAUGAGUGACCUUGCAGUUUGUCGCUGAAUUCAUGGCCGUGGCUGCAGCCCUUGCUGGCGGGUCAUGACUUUCGCCUGAGUCCCCCGUCAAGCUUACCUGAGAGUAACAUCCAUCAGCAACUGUGUUUUUCUGAUUGUGCCAUUUAUUGGGACCUGCAACAGGGUAGCAUUCAUGUAGGAUCUGACUCUAUAGUUGAGAUGAAACUGAAAAAACAAAGUUGUAACAAUGUAAUAAAAUGUAUGGGUCUUGGGGCUAUCUCUUUAUAUGAUAUAAUCAAAGAAAUUAACAAAAUAUCUUUUGUUGAAAUGUUUAUCAUCCAAAGGCAAAUGUCAAUUAAUUAAUGCCUUUGAAAGGUUAGUAAAUACUUUUGAAAAUAUGUAGUUUCAUUUUGUCUAGCUAAAAGAGUAAAUGAAAUAAAAUGUAUUACAUACAAACUUUAUCUACAUGACACCGACAUAAAAUUGAAGAGAGAAAAUUUCAAGCAAAAAACUGGAGAUUUCUUUGAGUGAGCUUUAUGCAAUACCCAGCUUGACUGAUAUUCUGUCAUUGAAAUAACUAGUCAUGAUUAAAUGAAUUAAAUCCCAUACCAGUUUUGAUGCCCUGUACACAAACCUACAAACACAAACAAACUUGCAAUAUUCUUGCAAAAAUUCCUGUGCAUUAAAAGUGAGGAAAAUAAGCUUGUUCAAUUUUAUUAUAUCGUGAAGUAAAUAUUUAUAUUCCACCCAGACUUCUUUCCAUGAUUAUAAAAAAGGAGUAGUUGUUGAUUAAAUUUGCAGACUAAAUGUAGGACAGGUACAAUUUUUGAUAGAUAGCACAUUUAUAGGAAACUCAAAGGAAAGUGACUUAAAAUGAUGAUUAUAAUGGGGGAAGUUACCAUAAAGUAGCAGCUUGAUGUUUCAUUGUGUUUCUCAUCCACUGAUUUCAAAAUCAGGUUCAUUGAAUGUAAAAGUCAAUACUUACUUGGGGAAUAAUUCUCCUAAAAUUGUAAGCUUUACGUAAUGUUUGCAUAGCAAGAUGUUUCUAUUUCCAGCCUGUAGGAAUUAAGAUCUGAUCAGAAGUGAACAUGAGAGUGGUGGUUUGACAAUAAAGACUGAGAGAGAACAAGAUGUCACAUGCUCCUAACACUAACUUGAUAGUGUUGUCAUUGUUACUAAAGCUUAUCCGGAUACCAGGCAUCUCAGCAGAAAUAUAGGAAAUAUGUGUAGAAUACCAAAGUGCUAUUUCACAGCAUCAGUUUCAAAACGACAUUCUUGAACAGCUUUUGCCCUUACGACACGCCCCCUGCCCCUUCCGAUUGGCAAGAGGUGCCUCCUACAUGACGCUGACAGCCAGGCAAGGGUCUAAGAAACAAGUCUUUAAAAAUCAGGUUUCAGAGGCUUUAAGGGCCCAAGCACAGACAGCAUGCCCUGCUUUUCUACACCUGAUGUUCUCCAGCAUGAUAAAAGCACAAGGAGCCGUUGGAUAUGCUUUUCCAGGUUUCGAAAACAAAACUGAAUGUGGAUCAUAUCUCUCUGGAGAAAAGCAGUACGUUUUUGUAGUUAAGGUUUUUACAAAGUCUUGGUCUCUAGGGAAGCUUUCUAACUCUCUCACCUGUGGCAAAAUGACUUAUUUGUGUCUUCUUGUGAUCAUUUGCACAUUAGCAGUGUAGCCCGAUUUGAACUAUUUACCUGGUUGUCAGAUGUCCCUGCAUCUUCUCAGGCCUCCCCCACCUCCAGACAGCACACAAGGGUUUGCAAGCACAGUUUCCAAGGGCACCCUGUGUGAAACGGACCAGGCCAGACCAGCCCCUCUCGCCACUCGGUCCAUUGCUUGAAGGUGAAGACACAGUUCUGCCAGUUUGGCCACAGUCUGUCUUUCCUCGUGCUCUCUCUGUUGAGCUCAGCAGCACCGUGGGCGUUGGGGAGCCGACUUCUAGAACAGCGGAAGUUGAAGAGGUUUAUGUCUUUUUUAGGUCUGUCCAUCUCCAGUGGAAUGUUUUUAAUGAAAAGAUAAAGAAAACGUGUGUGUGAUCCUUUAAUGACACAUCUCUAUUUAGAGUAGAUAUAGUUUAUACCAAAAUGAUGAUAUAGAUGUAUACAAAAAUAGGUGCCUUUUUCAUU